GAUGGAACGAUCCCCUUCACGUAUCGGGAGCGUUGGCCGUAGGGGUCUCUCAUAGCACGGCGACCAUGUCCUCAGGGGGGCCUUGCGGUUUGUAUGGGCUUCGGCUCAUGCAUCGUCUCAAUAUUUCCCUGUCCCGUUCCGGCCCUCGGGCUGGGCGGGCCUUAUUCUUUGUCCCUACGCGGUCCUAACCCUAACCUUAUGCCAUUUGAUGGUCUGCUCGAUUUGGCAGGGUCUGUGGUUGGUUUACUUACGACUCGGGUGACAUGUCUCGGGCCUCAGCCUAAGUAGUCCUUGAGUUGAGAGUGAUAAUGACAUGGGCUGCAACCCUUACAAAAUCUGUGUAUGUAGUAGCAAGAUUGCAGCAAUGGAAUGAGA